AUGGUCCAACUACAUAACUUUUUAUUUUUCAUUACUUCUAUGGUAAUGCCUCGUGGCACGGUAGCACCCUUACUAUUGAAAUGGUUCGUCAGUAGAGAUGUUCCCAUAGGUGCCCCUUUUUCCAAUGGGACUAUAAUUCCUAUUCUUAUCCCUUCAUUCCCUCUUUUGGUCUAUCUACAUUCUAGGAAAUUCAUAUGCUCCAUGGACGGAGCAAAAAGUGGAGUCUUGGUCAGAGCAAGCCGCCCUAUUCUAUUACCAGACAUAAUUGGGAGAAGCGCAUCCGAAACUAGAGUUGGAAACGCCUCAUUUCGUUUCGUUCUCGUUCUUCAUUUCCUUCUUAUUGAGUCCAAGGGGGACUUCUCAUAUUUAGAAUAUUUCUAUGGUGUUCUAUGUUUACUAUUCUUUCGUACUCUCUUCUCUUUACUAUGCAAUAGGCCAGCAAAGCGUGAGCGGGCACGGAGAAGGAUACACCAAAUACUUCGGCCUAACCCUAACGGGAAUGAGCAACAACGAAAUGAUAAGAUGGGGUGCUUUGGGCACCCCUAUUUAGAAAGAAGGGUCGAAGGUUUUGGGCCUGUAGCUUUCCCCGUCCCCCCUUUGUCGAGUGGUGCUUGUGUCGAGGGUGUGCCACCUGAACCCGAAAUCGAGCUUGAAGCUCUCGCGUUACCGACGAGCCGGCAACUGAUGGCUGUUGGUCACGACUACCACCAAAAAGCUCCAAUGAAGAUGAAUAUUUCACAUUUUGGAGUGUGCAUCUGUAUGUUGGGUGUUCUUCUGUCGUGCGACCCGGUGGCUUAUGUGCGACUUGUGGCCCACGCCUCCUAUUUGUUCGGGGCGGGCGGCUUGAAUUCUAACUCGAUCCGGAUGUUCAAUCCCGCCGCUGAGAUGCUCUGUUGA